AUGGUAUCAGCGAAUUCCAGUGUCUUGCAAUGUGCGGUUGCAGCAGGGAAGGCAUCAGACCAGGGUGCGUGCAAACCAGUCGCACCCAUCACAGUGAUACUUGUAGGUUCCACACGUUUGGGCUCCGUUGCUGCUUCAGCAGGGAAGGAAUCAGACCAGGAUGCAAGCGCGUCAGACGUGCAGCUCAAGAUGGGAGCAGUAGAGAAGCCAAAAUCCUUAGAAGAUGGUGUAGCAGAGACGGCGGCUGUGGCUGUGACUGCGGCUGGGGCUGCUGGGACUGCUGCUGGUCGCCUGGAUGUUCCUCGUGAUGCUGCUGCUUGCGCAGAGGUGGUCCGUGCUGCUCAUGCCGAUGGGUCUCAUGGAAAUUUCGCUCGUGAGAAUGCUGCUCUUGCUGUUGCGCGGAUUGGUGUUGCAGCUGAUGAUGCUGCUCGUGUUGGCUGUGCUCGAGCGCUGAAACGGAUAGAAGUGCCUUCCCAUUUCCCCUUGCCUUCCCGCAUCCCCAAUUCCCCUUUCCUCCACCGCAAUUCCCCUUCCCGUGUCAUGAUUACCCCUUCCCGCCUCCCCGGUUUUCCUUCCCGCCGCGCAUUUCCCCUUUCCGCCUCCCCGAUUCCCAUUCCCGCUCCCGGUAUCCCCUUCACACAUUUGCGUUUCCCCUUCCCGCACCCCAUUUCCCCUUCCCGCCUCCCCGUUUCGCAUUCCCGCUCUCCCACAUUCGCGUUUCCCCUUCACGGUCCCCAUUACCCCUUCCCACCUCCCCGUUUCCCCUUCCCGCUCCCCGUUUCCCCUUCCCGCUCCCCGUUUCCCCUUCUCGCUCCCCGUUUCCCCAUCCCACCUUCCCGUUUCCCCUUCCCGCUCCCCAUUAUCCCUCCCCGCCUCCCCGUUUCCCCUUCUCGCCCCCUCGUUUUCCCUACCCGCCUCCCCGUCUCCCUCUCGUUUCUCCACCUUCUCCCUCUCGAUUCCCCCCUUCCCCCUCUCGUCUACCCCCCUCCCCCCUCUCAUGUCCCACCUUUCUCCUUCUCAUUUUUCCCCAUUCUCCCUCCUCUCUUCCUACGCCCUGCUUCCCCCUUUACUCUCUCGUCCCUACACCCUUCAUUCCCCUCUCCGCUCUCUGCCUUAUACCCUUCUACCUCCUUUCCCCUCUCUGUCUUACACCCCUCUUGA